UUUUUCAGCUUCAUAAAAAAUCACGAAAUAUUUCUAAAACAUUGAUCGAAAAAAAUAUAGCAUACAGAUUCUCCAGACACUUCACAGCUCUAAUAAAUCUUAUGCAGGCUAAUUUGUUUAGCAAUGCGGUGCUUGUGUGUAGAUUCCACCUGUCUGUUGGGUUUACUUUGACAAACGAAAAGCUAUGAAAAAGGAAUUUCAAACCCAAAGCUACCAUAAAAACAGAAUUUCUGCUUCGAACAGUGAUGACCUCUCCAGUUUUCUGCUAUAAUGACUUUGAAAACACAUCCAUGUUAUCUGAAAACUAUAGCUGAGACAGCCAGCACAAUGGUUUUCGAGAUGCUUUUAUUGGUUUUGAAUUCAGACACUACGUGGCCGCUUCGGCUGUGUAUUUUUUAUUUUUGACAUUAUGACACUGGGUUUAAGAAAUUACACAAACUUUCAGAAGCCAAAGUUUUGUAUGCUUUUGUUUACCUCUGCUAUAUCCAGAGAUAUUUCGCUAGAUACCAAUGCAUUUGAAUCUCUUUUCCGGGAAUGUACUGAUCUGGAAUCUCUCAGACAAAUCCAUAGACAAGCCUUUGCGCAUGGACAAAAUCAAAAUGUUUUCAUUGCGACUAAACUUGUUGGAUUAUAUGGCAUGUUCAGAGAAGUACGGGAUGCGCGCCGAGUGUUUGAAAAAAUGGGCUACCGAAAUGUUUUCUUAUGGAACGAGAUGAUCAAAGGGUAUGCCUGCAAUGGAUUGUUUCAGGAAGCAAUUUCGUUAUAUAAUCAAAUGCAAGGGGUGGGUAUUCAGGGUGAUCGUUUCACUUUCCCCUACGUGCUCAAGGCCUGUGCAGGGUUAUCGGCUUUGGAUGUGGGUAAAGAUAUUCAUGAUCAUGUUAUCAGGUGCAGACUACAAUCAAAUGUUAAUGUCGGGAAUGCUCUAAUAUUCAUGUAUGCAAAAUGCCAUAAAAUGGACGUUGCAUUCCAAGUGUUUGACAAAAUGGCUCAGAGAAAUGUUGUCUCCUGGACUACAAUGAUUUCAGGGUAUGUUCAGAAUGGAUACCCCAGUAAGGCUUUGGAAUUUUUUCAUCAAAUGAAAUUGGCGGGCAUACCUCCUAAUCGAGUCACGAUGUUGAGUGUUAUACCGGCCUGUGCUGAAUUAGGUGAUCUGGAUGAAGCAAAGCGUUUACAUGAUUAUGUUAGAAAUAUAAGUUUAGAAUCCGAUGCUUCUGUUGUGACUGCUCUAGUUACUAUGUAUGCUAAGUGUGGAGAUAUAAAAGUUGCACGGGAAUUGUUUGAAAAAAUUCCUAAAAGAGAUGUAGUUUCAUGGAGUGCCAUGAUUGGGGCGUUUGUGCAGGUAGGACAGGCUAAUGAGGCUAUCAUACUAUUCAAUUUAAUGCAAAAGGAAGGCGUGAGUCCUAAUUCAGUAACAUUUGUGAAUGUACUUCAAGCAUGUGCUCAUUUAGGGACUUUGCAGCAGGGCACUGAGAUUCAUGAAUACAUAAUUAGAGGUGGACUGGAGUUUGAUGUUUUUGUGGGGGCUGCUCUUGUAGACAUGUAUGCCAAAUGUGGAAAUAUAACUGUAGCACGCAAGUUGUUCGACAGAUUGUCUCAAAGAAAUGUGGUUUCGUGGAGUGCAAUGAUUGCAGGGUAUGGAAUGCAUGGGCUUGGUGAGGAUGCUCUUCUAUUGUUUACCCAAAUGCUACAGGCUGGCAUGAAGCCAAAUGACAUCACUUUUAUAAGUGUUUUGUCAGCAUGUAGUCAUGCAGGUUUGGUAGAGCAGGGCUGGCUAUACUUUGAUAGCAUGACAAGAGAUUACUGCAUUAAACCCAGAGUAGAACAUUAUACAUGCAUGGUUGAUCUCCUUGGUCGUGCUGGGCAUUUGAAUGAGGCACAAGACUUCAUCCAAAAGAUGCCUUUGGAACCUGAUGACGGAGUAUGGGGUGCCUUGCUUAAUGCAUGCAGAAUUCACCGUGAUGUAGAUUUAGGACAACAUGUUGCAGAACACCUUCUUUCCUUAGAGCCAACAAAUGCUGGAUAUUAUUUGCUCUUAUCAAAUAUCUAUGCGGAAAAUGGCAAUUGGGAUAAAGUAAAACAAUUGAGAGGAAGGAUGGAAGAUAAUGGGGUGAAGAAAACUCCUGGAUGCAGCUUGAUCGAGGUGAAUAACACAUUGCAUACAUUCCUUGUGGGAGACGAAUUCCAUCCUGAAUCUAAGAAAAUUUAUGCAAUGCUAGAGACUUUGACUGGGAAGAUGAAGGAUGCAGGGUAUGUGCCAAAUGCAAGCUGUCUGUUAAGCGAGGUUGAAAGGGAGGCAGAGCAACUUCCGCUCUGAAUUACAGUGAGAAGCUGUCAACUGCCUUUGGACUUCAAUGCAAACACAUGAACCACUAUCCAAAUCCAGAAAAGCCUUUGUGCAUAGUGGUCGGUAGGGUGCUCUAUAUUCAUUUCCAAUUUUGUCACGCACGACACUAAUGUUAAGGAUGCAAACAUAUUUGUUUUUGGAGGUACGAUUAGAGUUUUUGUAACGCUUUUUGCCAGUGCUAAUGAAAUUUACUAGUAAAAUUAAGCCUCUACAGAUUAAAAGUUAUGCCUAAUGUUUUGCUUUAUUAGAAAGUGGCAUGUUCAACAUGUUACUUCUAACUUCCGAUUGGAGUAGACAGGAAGAAGAUCCGUCAACCCCUCUUCCUCAUCUCCACCACUUCCCCCAACACAAGCAGAAAACAUAAAGAAGAUGAAGAAACAAAAACAUAAAACUGGGGUAUUAUGAAAUUAUCAUAAAGAUGUUGAAAACCAGAUCUUGAUGAAUAUGUGUGAAUGGUAUAUUUAUGUGGUCAAUGAAUAGGAUGAAACAAUAUGCAAUUGUCGAACCUCUUGUUAGU